AAGAUUGGAAAGUCGCCAAGGUUACCCCUAUCUAUAAAUCCGGUGAAAAAUCAGACUGUGGAAACUAUCGACCUAUUUCAGUAAUUUCAACAAUUGCAAAGAUUUUCGAGAAAAUUGUCUAUACACAAAUACUUGAUUAUUUAAACGAAAACUGUAUCAUAUCACCAAACCAGUCAGGGUUUCGAUCACUCCAUUCAACUGAAACUGCACUACUGAGCUUAACAAAUGAAUGGUUAAUAAACAUGGACCAAGGUCUCAUUAAUGGUGUACUAUUCUUAGACCUAAAAAAAGCAUUCGAUACG